ACUCCUGGACCUCAGUCCAGCAAGGCCAGGUUAGGGUUGGGCUGAAAAGAGCCAUUGGACAUGAGCUCAUGGAGGCACCGUGGCGGGCUCAGGUGACUGAGCACAGGAGGAGCCUGUGCUGGUGUGAUCACAGCCCCUUUGCUAGCUGGAUGCUGGAGAGGGUGUGGGCAGCUGCCCUUCAUGGGUGGUGCACGGUGCCUGACACUUCUGCUUCCACCCCGGUGCCCUCAGGCCCCUGCAGCAGGCGGUGGGGAAUGGCCCGGCUGCCUGGGAGCCCCACACGGUGAGGGACUGUGCUUGAGGCUUGCUCCAUUGGAUGGGCCCCUUCCAGGACUCCUCAGGAAAGGGCAGACACUGGGGCCAGGACAGGGUGCACCUGAGCACUGCUGAGUCCUUAGUCCUAUACAUGGGGUGCAGCCACACACCACCCCGUGAAGCACAGGGGAGCACACAGGCCAUCUGGAGGAUGAGAGGAACUUGUCCUGUAUGGAUGCGAGCAAGCAACGGGCCAGCAAAGGGCGUGGCAGGCACUCCUCGGCCACAGGGGUGAGGCAGCCUCAGUGCUCUAGCCAAUUGGCACAUGGCCCCGUGGAAGGACCCAUUGUCCCCUCAUCUCCUUGGGAGGCCCAGCAUGUACUCAGAGCUGGAUCUUGCAGGACUGUGUAGCCCAAAAGGGCUGAGCAGCACUGGCUCCUCUGACCAUAGGAAGAAGAGGGUGUCCAGGGGCAUGGGUGAGAGGGCUGCUCUCCAAAGAUGCUUCAGACCCCACCUGGGGCAGUCCAGGAAAGGUGCUGAGGGCGUCUUGGCCAUGUCCUGCCAUCAGAGGGUGACCUUAGCCAGGAGAGACCCUGUGGCGAUCUGGGCAGGUGUCCCCCAGCCUCUGGGUCGUGUUGGGUUGAUACAGAUGCAGGGUCCUAGGCCUUGGGUGGGGUGUGGUCCCUGAAUCCCUCUGGCCAAGAGGGUGGGAGCCGGCUGACCACCCACUGGACCCCCAAGGUGUCCAGCUCCAAACUGGCCUUUGCAGUUGGCCCAGCUUCCUUCCCCAAGGCACUGGCCUGCCCUGUGACCUCUUCAAGGCCAGCCCUGCACUGCAGGACCUUGUCUAAGACUGGGAUUCCUGGCAUCUGCCCUGUAGACCUCAUCACACUGUCUGGCCUGUGUGAUUGCUACUGAGCUGUAACCCCUUCCGGCGAUCAUCAACUGUGCCACAGGUGUGGCCCAGUGGGAGAAUGGAGUGAGCUCCUGGGCAUGUUGGGUGGGAUUCAGGUGGCUGCCGGGGGUGGGGCAGCCCUACUCUGUCCUGACCCUGCUAACGUGGACGUGUGGCUGGGCCCUCAGCGUGUGGGUGGGGCUACAUGGGCAGCCCCUCCUGGAGCUCACAGUCACCUCCCAUCGCUGAGCUAGGGAAGCCUGGACAGCUCAACUGCCUUGCCUGAAUCCCAGCACUCCUGAGUGGUUUUGAUUGUGUGUGUGUGUGGUACUGAGGGUUGAACCCAAGACCUGCUGUGCUGAGCUGCUUUCCCAGCCCCUAUUGAGUACACUUUUUUUUCUUUUGUAUCGGGGAUCAAACUCGGAACUUUCCGCUUGUAGGCAGGCAGUGGAGCCACUGAGCUAGAUCCCUGGCCCUCCCAGUCUCUUUUGAGAUGGUCUUGCUAAGUCACUAGGUGGCCGAGGCUAGACUUGAACUUGCAGUCCUCCUACCUCAGCCUCUCACCACACCUGGGUCUGCUAAGUGGUUUGAGGGUUACUGCAGGGACUAACUGAGGUGACUCCACAGCAGGGCCAGGGUGAAAGACACAGGGUGGCCGUGCAGGGCCAUGGUGUCCAGGACACUGACACCAGCUCCAGCGCGGAUGUGCGUGUACACACGUGCCCAGGUGCCUGUGAGCCGUGGCUGUACACACGUCCCCAGUGACUGUCCAGGCUGAGGCCUGGCCUCUUAGGUCUUUGCGCACAAGGCUAGGCUGGGGGCAGGAGCUCCUGUCUGGCACCAGGAGCAGGGCUAAGGCCAGGCUGUGCUCUCUGAGUCGUCCUUGGCCUGGGCUCCAGGGGCUGAGUGCACCUUUCAGGUGUCUCCAGCAAGGGCAGUCAGCCGCAGUGCCCUGGUCCCUAGGGGACCUGGCUCAUAGAAGGGGAUGUCCGGGACCACAGCAGCUCCUGUCCACACAUGGCCCAGGGCCUGAGUGCCCAGUAGGGAGGUUGGGGAGGGGUGCUUGUACCACCCCAGCCCUGCUGGGCUCUCAGUGAGACUGGGGUCAGGCAGUGCCAGCACUGGGUGGAGGGGGGCUGGCGUGGAGAUGAGUCAGGUACAGUGGUGUGCAGCCAGGGCGGGCCUAGGUGGGGCCUGCGGAGGGGUGGAGACUCCGUUGGCUGGGUUAGGACAGCAGCCCCCCAGCUCUCCCAGUGGGGAGUGUGGAGGGGCCAGAGCCUGGAGAACAGCAGAUUUGGGGUCCUGGGGCCAUAUGGCAGGGGAGUAGAGGCUGCGAGGCCAGACGGGGUGCUGCUCCAGUCUGCUCGUGCUAGUAGACUCAGACCCCUGGUGCCAAGCACUCUGCGUCUUGGUGCCCAGGACCAAGUACGGGGCCUUUGUCCCCCCAGGAGCCCUGUGUGCUCCCCUCUGGGAGUGAGGAGUAAGGCUCUGCCCUACGGAGAGUGACGGGGCCCUUCCUGCUGGGGCCACUGUUUCCCACCGAGUCCCGGGCACAGCAGAGGGGAGGGGCCAGGCCUGGGCGGGGUGCUGACGUGGAAGGAGGGGCCUCGUAAGCCCCAGGGUCCUGGGCCCCACCAGGCCCGAGUGGACCAGAGGGCCCUGAGCAGUGAGCGGUGCUGCCUUGGACCAGGAGUUGGCUGUCCACAGUCUUGGCCAGGUAGAAGAGGGGCCCAGGGGAACCCCUUGGGUCUGCACAACUGUGACCUUUUCAAGAGACUGAGGAGCUGAGUCUUAUGCGGGUAGCAGGAGCUACAGGGCUGGGGUGCAGUGGAAGGCUGUGGGGGCCCAGCACCCGCAUCAUGAAAUGCCAGGGUGGAUGGCUAGCAGAGAGGGCCUCGUGUUCACAGCUACAGCCUGGGCAGCCCACAGUGGGGAGGUGUCUGGCUUCAGAGUAUGAAUCAGGAGGGUGCGGGGGGGCCUCACCUGGUAUCUGGUCGGAUCAGGUAGAUGAGCCAUAGUGUCCUCCCCUGCCUGGGUCUCCUGGCCUUGGCAGCUCAUCGCUGGGCCAGCACCAGGGGCCUUGACUUGGAUUUCUGGCAGCCUUCCUACUGGUGGGCUCCCCCUUGGGCAAGGGCUGGUGCCCUGGUGGGGCUCCCUUGGGCAUACAUUUAGGGAGGUUCCUCCGAGUCAUUCAGGAUGCUGGACAGGGACCCAGGGUACUGUUCGCCCCAGACUUGAGCUCCACUGGGGCCACGGCUGCACUUUAGCGUCUGCUCAGCACCGGAGGGCGUGGGGCCUGGUGUGCACAUACAGCAGGGGUGGAGAGGAGCUGGUGUGUUCCAGCCCCCGUCUGUGCCUGGCCUGGGUCUCAAGACCUCGGCUCACCGCAUGACCUGGCUGUGUGCACCUGCCGGAGAGGGGCAGUGGGGCCCCAACGUCCUGCUGCCAGGCCUGCAGGCCCUCAGGCGGGGCCUCGGGCUUCGAGGGCGGGCGUUUGGGUGACAGCUGCGAUGGCCUCUCCUCCCACAGGCUGCAUGCCAUGAACCCCCAAGGCCACCCCGCCCUCCACUUCUGCCUCUGGCUGUGGCUGGGUGCCAUCUCCACACGUGGGCAGGGACAAGGAGGUGGCCGCCUGAGGCUGGCCGUGCUGCCCGAGGACCGGCUGCAGAUGAAGUGGCGAGACCUGCAGGGCGGCGGCCUCGGCUAUCUGGUGCAGGUGAAGCCCAUGGCAGGGGACUCAGAGCAGGAAGUGAUGCUGACCACCAAGACCCCCAAGGCCACCGUCGGGGGCCUGAGCCCCUCCAAGGGCUACAUCUUGCAGAUAUUUGAGCUCACUGGCUCGGAGCCCACCCUGCUGGUGCGGAGGGAGUUUGUGAUCAAGGAUCUGAAGAGUAAGCCCCUGAGCAGGAGUGGCCAGAGGCCACCAGGGACAGCCCUAAAGCCUCUACCCUCCCACAUGGGGGGCCCGGGCCCCAAGCAGACCCCUGAGCCCAGCAUCACCUUUGUGCCCAGCCAAGAGCCGCCUGUGCUUGGCACAUCAGAGUGGGCUGAGAGCGUGCCCAGCCCAGAUCCGGAGCAGCCGGAGCAGCCCAGGGGCUCUGGGGUGCAGGAGCCUACUCAGCUGACCCCGGGCCUGAAAGGACAGAGCCGCUCUGUGGCCCCCACUGGAGGAAGAGAGGAGCCAGCUGGCCCCCAGUUCCGCUGCACACCCCCCACGCCCACCGACAUGGUCUUCCUGGUGGACGGGUCCUGGAGUGUCGGCCACAGCCACUUCCAGCUAGUCAAAGACUUCCUGGCCAGCGUCAUCUCACCCUUUGAAAUUGGGCCCAAUCAAGUCCAAGUAGGCCUGACUCAGUACAGCGGAGACCCCCAGACUGAGUGGGACCUGAACUCCUUCCGCACCAGGGAGGAGGUGCUGGCCGCUGUGCACAGCCUUCGCUACAAGGGAGGAAACACAUUCACAGGCCUCGCCCUGAGCCACGUGCUGGGGUACAACCUGAAGCCGGCGGCAGGUCUCCGUGCAGAGGCGGCUCACUUGGUGAUCCUGGUGACGGAUGGCAAGUCCCAGGACGAUGUGCAUGCAGCUGCACACACCCUCCAGGGCCUGGACGUCGAGGUCUUCACUGUGGGGGUGAAGAAUGCCGACGAGGCUGAGCUGAAGCUCCUGGCCUCCCAGCCGCAGGACAUCACCGUCCACAACGUGCUGGACUUCCCCCAGCUGGCCACCCUGGCUGGCCUGCUCAGCCGCCUCAUCUGCCAGCAGGUCCAGGGCUGGAACCUGAGCAGGGCCCCAGGUGAGGGAGCAGCCACGUGGGCCCCAGCCGCUCCAGCUCUGGACACCCUCCCCGUCCCCACCAGCCUGGUGGUGACCCAGGUCACCUCCUCCAGCAUCCGCCUGUCCUGGUCGCCGGCCCCUCAGCCGCCCCUCAAGUAUCUCAUCGUGUGGCGGCCUUCCAGGGGUGGCGUCCACCGGGAGGUGGUGGUGGAGGGGCCUGCAGCAUCCACAGAGCUUCGGAACCUGAGCUCCAGCACCGAGUAUUUGGUGUCUGUGCUCCCUGUCUAUGAGGCCGGGGUCGGCGAGGGCCUGCAGGGCCUGGCGACCACAGCACCCCUCCCUCCACCCCGGGCGCUAACCCUGGCUGCAGUGACACCCAGGACCCUCCGCCUCACCUGGCAGCCCUCGGCUGGGGCCAGGCAGUACUUGGUGCGGUGCUCGCCAGCCUUCCCCAAGGGUGGGGAGGAGGAGAUUGAGGUGCGGGUGGGGCAGCCAGAGGUGCUGCUGGAUGGCCUGGAACCGGGCAGGGACUACAUGGUCUCCGUGCAAAGCCUUCAAGGGCCAGAGGCCAGCGAGGCCCGGGGUGUCCACGCCAGAACCCCCGCCCUGGCCCCCCCAAGACACCUGGGCUUCUCAGACGUGAGCCACGACUCAGCCCGUGUGACCUGGGAAGGCACCCAGCGGCCCACAUACCUGGUCAGGGUCAGCUACAUCUCCAGCGACGGUGGCCACUCGGGACAGAAAGAGGCGCCUGGGAAUGCCACCUCGGCCACCCUGGGCCCCCUGUCCUCCUCCACCACAUACACUGUCCGAGUCACCUCCGUCCACCGGGGAGGCAGCUCCUCCACGCUGACCGGCCAGGUGACCACAGGGAAAGUGCCCAGCCCAAGCCAGCUGUCUGUGACAGAACUGCCAGGGAAUGCAGUCAGGCUGACGUGGGCAGCUUCGGCCCCAACCGGCGUGCUUGUCUACCAGAUCAAGUGGACUCCCCUGGGAGAGGGGAAGGCCCACGAGAUCUCUGUGCCAGGCACUCUCAGCACAGCUGUCCUGCCCGGCCUGGGGAGGCACGAGGAAUACGAAAUCACCAUCCUGGCCUACUACAGGGAUGGGGCCCGCAGUGACCCUGUGUCCCUCCACUAUACACCCCCUGCAGUGAGCAGGAGCCCCCCCUCAGGCCUGACCCUGUCCUUGGAGACCCCCAACAGCCUGCACGUCAGCUGGACACCCCCAAGUGGCCCCGUGCUCCACUACCGGGUCACCUAUGCGCCAGCCUCGGGCUCAGGACCUGAGAAAUCAAUCUCCGUGGCAGGUCACAGGGGCCAGGCCACGCUCCCUGACCUGCUGGCUGCCACCAAGUACAAGGUCCUGGUCUCAGCUGUCUACGCAGUAGGGGAGAGUGUGGCUGUGUCUGCCACAGGCCGAACAGCAGCCUGCCCUGCCCUUCGCUGGAACAGCUCCCUUCCAGGGUUUGACCUGAUGCUGGCUUUCGGCCUGGUGGAGAAGGAGUACGCCUCCAUUCGAGGUGUGGCCAUGGAGCCUUCGCCUUGGGGUGGGACCCCGACCUUCACACUCUUCAAGGAUGCUCAGCUGACGCGGCGGGCCAGCGACAUCCACGCCGCCGCGCUCCCGCCGGAGCACACCAUCGUCUUCCUUCUGCGCCUGCUCCCCGAGGCGCCCCGCGAGGCCUUCGCGCUGUGGCAGAUGACAGCCGAGGACUUCCAGCCUGUCCUCGGCAUUCUUCUGGACGCCAGCAGGAAGUCGCUGACCUACUUCAACCACGACCCGAGGGCCGCCUUGCAGGAGGUCACCUUUGACCUGCAGGAGGUGAAGAAGAUUUUCUUCGGGAGCUUCCACAAGGUUCAUGUGGCUGUGGGCCGCACCAAGGUCAGACUCUACGUGGACUGCCGGAAGGUGGCCGAGAGGCCCAUGGGAGAGGCUGGCAGGUCGCCCAUCACCGGCUUUGUCACCCUGGGGAGGCUGGCCAAGGCACGGGGACCCCGGAGCAGCUCGGCCACAUUCCAGCUCCAGAUGCUGCAGAUUCUGUGCAGUGACACCUGGGCAGACGAGGACGGGUGCUGUGAGCUCCCUGCUUUGAGGGACAAAGAGACGUGUCCGGCCUUCUCUUCUGCCUGUUCCUGUUCCUCUGACACCACUGGGCCCCCGGGGCCCCAAGGGCCUCCAGGCCCCCCAGGCAGGAACGGCACCCCAGGACAGCAGGGCCUCCCGGGGCCUAAGGGAGAGCCAGGGCCACCAGGACAGACAGGACCAGAGGGCCCUGGGGGACAGCAGGGGUCACCAGGGACUCAGGGCCGUGCAAUCCAGGGGCCUGUGGGUCCACCGGGGGUCAAAGGAGAGAAGGGCGACCAUGGCCUCCCGGGCUUGCAGGGCCACCCUGGCCAGCAAGGCGCUCCUGGGAGAGUUGGGCUCCAAGGACCAAAGGUACUGGCUCUGACCUGGUUACCCCGCGGCGGGCCAGAGGCUGGCAGUGCAGGAUGGGGAACAGCUCCUCCACUCUGUGCACCCCGAGUGCCCUGUACCCUGGCCCAUAACGCUCCCUGGGGUUGGGUGAGGGGAGUGGGCCAGCCAGCCUGCGGCUCACAGACCUGGAGCGGGUCACCUGUGCCCAGCACACCCUUCUCCCACCAGGGAACGAGAGGACUGGAGGGGCCUGCUGGCCUGCCUGGACCCCCAGGCCCCCGGGGAUUCCAGGGCUCAGCGGGAGCCAGGGGAACCAAUGGGGAGCGAGGGCCCCCAGGGGCUGUGGGGCCCACGGGGCUUCCAGGACCCAAAGGGGAGCGAGGGGAGAAGGGGGAGCCUCAGUCCCUCACCACCAUCUUCCAGCUGGUGAGCCAGGCCUGCGAGUCAGCCAUCCAGACACAUGUGCUCAAGCUGGACUCCUUCCUCCAUGAGAACUCCAGGCCCCCGAUGCCCAUCCUGGUCGAGACAGUAGAGCCAGGCAGGCCUGGGCCCCUGGGGACCCCCAGCCUUCGAAGCAAGGCCUCACUUCCUGGAGAACAGGGGCGCAGGGACCACCGUCCUGAGCACCAAGGUACCAGGCUUCCUGCACUUGGCCAGCCUGUAGCUGUCAGCCAGCCGGGCAGCCCUGGGCCCAGGGUAGCCGGGCCCCAGCAUCCCAGGAGGGGACAGGACGCGCCCCGUGCUGCCUCGAGUGACCCUGGGCCUUCCGCCCGCACCUUCCCCUGGGUGUCUGGACACUGGGAGAAGAGUCCUGGCGAGGCGAGAAUGAGGCCCCAGGAAGAGUGAAGAUGGGAGGGGAGGAAUGAGGAGGUCCGGUGCGCCCGCCCCGACUGUGCUCUGUAGCAUUUCCCAGGCAGAUAAAGCGCCGAGGCCUCGGUCAGCACCAGGCGCCUGCUCACUGCGGGGUGGGGUGGGGGUGCCUCCACCCUGCUGUUACUUCGAGACUCACACAGAACCUGGCCUGGAUUUCUGGCCCCUCCUCAGAGCCUCACCUGAAUCCUGUGCUGCACUCUUCUCAUCCCUCCCCUCCCCCAAGACAGCUGGUGGCUCACCUGCUUACCGUCACCAGCACACCGGCCUGUGUCCUCCAUCCUCCCAGGUUCCUGUCACACGGGGUGAAAUCAGGCUUCCCUCUCACCGGCUCCAGAAUGCCGCAGGCUUCCUGCCGUGCCCACCCCAGGGCCUUGGCACAUGCUGUGCCUUCUACCAGGCUCUUCCCCCAGAUAGUCACUCUCACCUAGUGACCCUACCUCAGAGCAGUGCCCCCCCCCCGGCCCUGGUGUCCCUAUCAGCCCCUACAACAUGUGGAGAUGAGCAGAGCUUUAUCGCCUAGCCCAAGAAGUUCCGGUCCUUGUGUGAGUGACUGGACCCCUCACAUGCUCAGCCUCUGCACUGAGUUCCUUGUCCUAGGGCUCUCAGAGCAAGGUGUCCCCCACCUUGCUGUGCCCCUGCUGCCCGAUGCUCCCCGACCCCAUGAAAUGCUGGAGGAGGACUCACAAACCCAUCCCAGAGCCCGCUGGACGUGGGGACCAAUAGGGGACAGGAGGAAGGAUCAAGAGCCAGGAGAGGGCACCCUGCACCCGAGGGGGACACUUCCCUGCCGGCCUCAAUCGAAAACUCCUGACCCCACAUGGCGCACUGCCGGGAGCGUGCACAGUCUCAGAUCUGAGGAGAGGGAGGGGCUGAGGACAGGCUCCAGACAGCGGAGCACCAGGCAGACAGGAGGGGCAGCUCACACAGCGCACAGAGGGGCUGCAGCCCGUGUGCACAUCAGACAGUCACAGAGCAGUGCCCAGCGGCUGCGGCCCUCUGGACACUGGCUCCUGUCUGGGGCCGGCACGGCAGGGCUCGGUGCCUGGCCAGUGACACAGCUUGGCUGGCGACUCUGUCUCUCCAACAUGGUAUUAUGGGUCCUCCAGCAGCAGGACCAAGG